AUGCAGUACUCUGCCCUUCUCGUCGCCGUCAUGGCCACCUUCGCUGCCGCUGCUCCCAAGGCUGCCCCCGGCGGCUACGGAUGCACGCCCGCAACCUACGCCUGCGACGGCAAGUACGCCUGGAAGGUCUGCAACACCCAGGGCCAGUGGGUCUUCGCUGGUGACUGCCCUCCCGACACCAUCUGCAAGUUCUACCCCCCCAGCAAGAGCCCCUACUGCGUUCCCCCCGGCUUCAAGUUCCCCUAA